GAUUUUAUAAAAUUGAGCGGCAAAUAGAUUCGAGAAAAUCCUCGUUCAUAAGCCAUAUGAACGAAUUUCGUUUAUAAGAGGCUAUUUGAGUCAUUUUGCCAGGUAUAGUUAGGGUAAAGUCGUCCAAAUGAAAUUUGUCUCUUAACUUCAAACUACCGCUGUUUUGGAAAUGUGACAUCCCGUUAUUGAAGAAUUAUGAUCCCGUAGCUCACCCAUCCUACUUCAGUAAGCUUUAGCAAGCUUCUGCAACUGAGGGGACUGUCAAUUGGAGUUUGUCUGAAAUUUCUUGGCCUUUACACAUUUGCUGUAUACGAAUGAUAAAGUGUGGAGGAGGUGGUGGCGGCGCGUCGACUUGGCGGCGACUAUAAUCCCGUUAAUAAAUGCAUUUAAGUUGGCCACGAAUGAGGAAUGUAUACUGAAUUCCAAUUACAACAAGUUCAAGCAAUAAAAACCCCAAUUAACCCCAUCAAUCAAUUGCCUUUUCCGGUUAUUUUGAAUAAAAUUCAAUAAAAAAAACUUCAAUUCAACCACACAAUAACCCUUUACAUGCAUAUAUUUACCAAUUGCAACAAACGAGAUCACCAAUUUCACAAAUUAACACUAAUUAAACGAAUUGGGGUUUUUAUUGCUGAUCAAUUGGGGUUUUUACUUCUGGAAGAGGGAAGAAAGAUAAGUUAAUGGCGGAAGCUUCUAGAAAGCUUGAUACUGCUAAUACUCGUCUUGCUAUUAUUGAAAUGAAGCUUGAUUCUAAACCUGGUUAUCCUGAAAGUGUCGCCAUUGGUGUUACUUCUACUGUUGCCUUUCGCGAUGUCGCUGCUGUUUGGCCUCAGCUUGUUUUUGCUGCUUCUAGUCUUUGGAACUCUGUUAGAGGCUAAGGACAUCAAUUCGGAAUCUCGCUAUCUUCAAACCUUGAAAAAAAAUCGAGUGCAGAAGUAGAGAAGACAACUUCAUGAUCGUGUUCUCCAGACAACUGGUGAGGCAGAGCUUAACCAAAGAGAAGACAAAACGAGAUGGGAAUUGGAGAACUGUUAAUCAUGCGGUAACGGCCAAGUUAAGUGCCAUGCCAGCUAAAAAGAACGAAAACAAUAAAAUAAUGAAAGAUGUUUCAAUAUUUUCAAAAAUGCCAUCUUAUGAACGAAUUUUGUUCAUAUGGCUUAUGAACUGGGGGAAGCUCAAUAGAUUCUGGGUAAGUUUAUGCCUCCUUAUUUUUAGCAGAUCUACGUAAUAUUUUUCUCAUUUUUUCACCCAAAAAAUACUCAUUUAAUUCAUCCCCAGAAAAAAAAUUAAAAAAAUUUUAAGUGACAGAAAGCAGAAAACCAUAGCCUAAAACACAGCUUAAGCUAAUCCCGACUCAUUAAAUAUUGUAGUAGUAAUUAAUUAGAAAGAGAAACUUUUGCGAUUUUUAGUUUUUUAACUUGAAAAAGCUCAAAACUUUAACAUCAAUUGCAAGAUUUAACAUCUGGGUUUUGUUAAAUCCAGUUAAUUUUUACUUGGGUAAUUUUUAAUCUUACUGAAAAAAAUUACAUUUUUUUCUAUAAUUUUUGCAGAUCGACCUCCCUUCCACCCUUUUUCUCUCUCUAGUAUUAUCUUUAUUGUUUGGAUAGCGCGUAUAAAAAUUUCUGGAUUCACACAGUAUAUAAUAAAACAGAGAGAAAGAAAGAGGAGAGAGAAAAAGAGGUGAAAUAAGUUAUUUGAAAAUUGAGCAUUAAAUACACAGCAUCUACUGCUAUUACACUACAUUAGUAAUUGCAGAGGUGAUAGGAAAGUGAGUAAUAAAAACUUGCAUUUGUUUUGUUUUAGUAUAAUGUUUCAAUCAGUAUUACAACAAGUAUAUUAUAACGACUUCAUUUAAACAAAAUCUUUGAUUUUCCUGAUUUUCUUGGUUUUCUGGGUAUAUAAGAUUGUAUAGAGGGAGUAAGAGAGAGAUUGAAGAAGAAAAAUUCCCAAAUUUUGAAUCUUUCUAUUUUUUUUUACAGUGUGAAAUUUUUCUGGGGUUUCUUUGUUUUUUUUUUUUUUUUUCUCAAUCUCAGUGGUUCAAAGUUCAAACUUCAAAAUCUCAGGGAUGCAUCUUGUAAUAGGUUGUUAUAAUAUACGGUGAUGCAAUGGCGAUGUAGUGGACUUGAUUACACAAAGAUACUUGUAGAUUUUAUUCAGCAGUUGUAUUGAAAUCCAAAAGGUUGCGUUUGUAGGAUUCGCGGUAGUAUAAAAUGUCAAGGCCUCUUCAAAGAGGCAUAUCUGGUGAGCAACGGCGUCUUUCUGUUGGUAACAAUCAUGGUUCUUGGGAUUCCCAGGACUCUCAAAUGAAAGAAAAAACAGAAAAGGAUGAUACUCGAGCUGGUCGUUCGUUGUCUGACCAAAGCUAUUCUUCAGUAAAGUUACCCUUUCGAUUAAAUUCUUCGGAUAAUGCCCCAUCAAAGUUGGGUGUUAAUGAAAAUGGUUUUACAACAGAAUUGUUUAGUGGUGGAAGUCCAAGAAGUCGGCAUAAGUUAACUUUGCUUCUUCUUAGAACCAGUUUAGUUGUUAUAGUGAUUCUUGCUUUAACUGGGUCAUUUUGGUGGACAAUAUCAAUUACUGCAUCGUCAAGAGGUCACAUUUACCAUAGUUAUAGGAGGAUGCAAGAGCAGCUCGUCUCAGAUCUUACAGCCAUCAGUGAUCUAUCUCAAGGGCCAGCAAAACUGAGAGAAUUGGAUUUCUGUUCUAAGAAAGAUGAAAAUUUUGUGCCUUGCUACAAUGUUUCAGAAAGCUCGGGUUUAGGUUAUGCUGAUGGCGAUGAAUUUGAUCGUCUUUGUGAGCACAGUUUGAAGCAAAAUUGCUUGGUUUUACCUCCUGUGAAUUACAAGAUUCCUCUGAGAUGGCCUACUGGAAGAGAUGUCAUUUGGGUUGCAAAUGUAAAGAUUUCCGCUCAAGAAGUACUUUCUUCUGGAAGUUUGACCAAAAGGAUGAUGAUGUUAGACGAAGAACAAAUUUCUUUCCGCUCUGACUCACUCACGUCAGAUAACAUUGAGGACUACUCACAUCAAAUUGCUGAAAUCAUUGGGCUAAGAAGUUCUUCCAAUUUUAAACAAGCCGGGGUGAGAAAUAUCCUAGAUAUAGGAUGUGGAUAUGGUACCUUUGGAGCGCAUCUGUUCUCAAAAGAGUUACUGACCAUGUGUAUUGCGCCCUAUGAGGCUUCAGGUAGUCAAGUACAACUCACACUUGAAAGAGGUCUUCCAGCGAUGAUUGGUUCCUUCAGUACAAAACAGUUACCAUUUCCAUCUCUUUCUUAUGACAUGGUGCAUUGUGCGCGGUGUGGCAUUGACUGGGAUCUGAAAGAUGGCUUGUUCUUACUUGAGGCUGAUAGAGUCUUAAGACCCGGUGGAUACUUUGUCUGGACUUCACCUCUUACCAAUGCCCGUAAUAAAGUGAAUCAGAAGAGAUGGGAUCUUGUUCAUGAUUAUACAGAGAAGCUUUGUUGGAAAUUGUUGUCCCAACAGGAUGAAACUGUUGUGUGGAAGAAGACUGCCAAAAGGAAUUGCUAUUUUUCUAGGAAACCUGGUUCAAGCCCGAGUGUAUGUAGCAAGGGUCAAGAUAUUCAAUCUCCAUACUACCGCCCGCUCCAAACUUGCAUAGGUGGAGCUCAUAGCAGUCGCUGGCUUCCCAUUGAAGAAAAGUUAACUUGGCCGUCUCGGGCCAAAAUGAAUGAAAAGGAGCUUCAACCUCAUGGACUGCAUCCAGAAGACUUGGCUGAAGAUAGUUCAAAUUGGAAUUCUGCAAUUCGUGAUUAUUGGACCCUUCUCUCCCCUAUUAUUUUCUCAGACCAUCCAAAGAGACCCGGUGAUGAGGAUCCUUCUCCCCCUUACAAUAUGCUCAGAAAUGUGCUAGACAUGAAUGCUCGCUUUGGUGGUUUUAAUGCUGCUUUGCUGGACACUGGAAAAUCUGCGUGGGUCAUGAAUGUUGUACCUACAAGCGGUCCCAACUACCUGCCCUUGAUUCUGGACCGGGGUUAUGUUGGUGUAUUACAUGACUGGUGUGAAGCAUUUCCAACAUACCCUCGAACUUACGACUUGGUGCAUGCUGAUGGUCUUCUCACUCUAGAAAAAGGUUCCCAACGCAGAUGUAAUACUCUCGAUAUAUUUGUUGAGAUUGAUCGAAUUCUUCGGCCUGAGGGAUGGGUGAUUUUCCGAGACAAAGCUAAUUUAAUCGAGUCUAUGAGACCCCUUAUAGCACGACUGAAAUGGGAAGCUCGUGUUAUUGAAAUUGAGAGCAACAAUGACAAGAAACUCCUCGUCUGCCAGAAGUCUUUCUUCAAGAGGCACGCAAAGUGAUCUACGACUACAAGCCUUUAGGGUAGCUACCUGUGAUUAAAUAUUGAUUUAUUUAUACCACGACACAAGUCAAUAGAGAAAAUCAAAGUCAACAGAUUUUUGGAACAGAAGUGAAGUUCAGUAUACGAUAUAUUUUCUUUUUUAGUUGAAGCCAGCGACAAAAUUCCUAUGAAGCUAUAAGGCAACCAUAGGGCCCCUGUAAUUACGCGAUUGAGGCACAGCAAGAGUGAUUGUCAAGUAUAGAAUGAAUCAGUGUGUUCAGUUCUCUUUUGUCUUGGUUUUAAGUUAUACGAUGUCUAGCAGAAUAAGCAAAGAGCGUCUGCUGCAGUAGAUACGAUGCUGGGGUGGCAAUUUUCAGUUUUUUUUUUUUUUUUUUUUUUUUCUACCACCACCCAUCUUACUAAAUCCAUCUAUAUUCAUUGUAGAAAGCUCAAUUGAAAAAGGCAUUCAUUAGUAAUGCAAGUCUUGUAACACAAAACUUGGGUACUUAUUGAAUGGUAUAUUUUCAAGAAUCAUUAAACCUCA